AUGGAGCAGGACCGGGAGCCGGACCUGGACCGGGACCUCCACAUCUCUGAUGUGGAGAACGGGCUCUCGGAGCCCCGCAGCCCCCUGGAGCCCCGCCCGGGGCUGGUCCUCCAGGCCGGCCAGCGCCGCGAGUCCUUCCUGUACCGCUCCGACUCGGACUUCGACCUGUCCCCCAAGACGAGCUCCCGGAGCACCUCCUCCCCCGGCGACCUGCACGGAGAGGACAUGAUAGUGACUCCAUUUGCCCAGAUCCUGGCCAGCCUGAGGACUGUGAGGAGUAACUUUGCGUCUCUGACCGACCUGCAGGACAGAGGGAACAGCAACAGGCGGUCAUCAGUAAGUCAGCCUCCUGCCUGUAAACCGUCUUCACCAGAGGAGCCGUCCCGGAGGCUGGCGCUGGAGACGAUGGAGGAGCUGGACUGGUGUCUGGACCAGCUGGAGACGCUGCAGACCAGGGACUCAGUCAGCGAGAUGGCCUCCCACAAGUUCAAGCGGAUGCUGAACCGGGAGCUGAACCAGCUGUCGGAGACGAGCCGCUCAGGGAACCAGGUCUCAGAGUUCAUCUCCUCCACCUUCCUGGAGAGGCAGCAGGAUGUAGAGAUGCUGGCUCCGCCCCCUCAGGAGAGGAAGAGGAGGCCCAUGUCUCAGAUCAGUGUGAGGAAGACCACCCCCGCCCCCGCCCUGGUCGCCAUCCCCCGCUUCGGGGUCAGCCCCCCCCACGAAGACAUGCUGGCUCAGGACAUGGAGGACCUGGGUCAGUGGGGUCUGGACAUCUUCAGGAUUGGAGAACACUCUGGAGACCGACCGCUGACCGUCCUCAUGUACAGCAUCUUCCAGGAGCGAGGCCUCCUGCAGUCCUUCAGGAUCCCAGCCGACACCUUCCUCAGCUUCAUGCUGACCCUGGAGGACCACUACCACCACGACGUGGCCUACCACAACAGCCUGCACGCCGCCGACGUGGUGCACUCCACCCACGUGCUGCUCUCCACCCCCGCCCUGGAGGAGGUCUUCACCAGCCUGGAGAUCAUGGCCGUGCUGUUCGCCAGUGCCAUCCACGACGUGGAUCACCCAGGACUCACCAACCAGUUCAUGGUCAACACCAGCUCGGAGCUGGCCCUCAUGUACAACGACUCGUCGGUGCUGGAGAACCACCACCUGGCCGUGGGCUUCAAGCUGCUGCAGGAGCACAACUGUGACAUCUUCCAGAACCUCGGCAGCAAGCAGCGCCACUCGCUGCGCAAGAUGGUCAUCGACAUGGUGCUGGCAACAGACAUGUCCAAACACAUGAACUCCCUUGCGGACAUGAAGACCAUGGUGGAGACCAAGAAGGUGACCAGCCAGGGGGUCCUGCUGCUGGACAACUACUCGGACCGCAUCCAGGUCCUCCAGAACAUGGUGCACUGCGCUGACCUGAGCAACCCGACCAAGCCGCUGCCUCUGUACCGGCGCUGGACGGACCGCAUCAUGGAAGAGUUCUUCACCCAGGGCGACCGAGAGCGGGACGAGGGCUUGGAGAUCAGCCCCAUGUGUGACAAACACAACGCCUCGGUGGAGAAGAGCCAGGUGGGCUUCAUCGACUACGUGGUCCACCCUCUGUGGGAGGCCUGGGCCGACCUGGUCCACCCCGACGCCCAGGAGCUGCUGGACGCCCUGGAGGACAACCGGGAGUACUACCACAGCAUGAUGCCCGGGAGCCCCCCCCAGGGCCGGGCCCCCCCAGGGGCCCCGGGGCCGGACGUUCCUCCUGCUGCGCCGUCUGCCGGAGACAAGUUCCAGUUUGAACUGACUCUGGAGGAGGAGGAGGAGGAGAAGGAGGAGGAAGAGGAGGAGGAGGAGGAAGAGGAGGAGGAAGAGGAGAAGGAGGGAGGGAAGGAGGGGGAGGGACAGGAGGAGGACACGUAACCCCUGACGCCUCCAGGGGUUACCGUGGGAACGAGAGGUGCAGCUGAUCGUGUUUUCGUGCACCAAUAUAGACUGUGAUCAGCAGAGACCCUUUAGACUGGAGGCUCUCCUCUCUCCCCCUGACCCUAACCCUGACCCCGACCCUAACCCUGACCCUUGACCCUUAGAAGGUACCGGAGAAACGCUGCCUUCCACCCAUCCGGUGCGGCCCCCCAGCGCCCCC